AUGGAAGGUUCCGAGCCAGAGUAUCCCAGCGCCAGUCACGCGCCUAACCAUGAUUCAAUGGUCACCGUCGCGUUAUCGGAUAACCAAUCCAGUUCAGAGCACACCCAACCGGAUUGGCGCACUCUUAACAUCCCUCCAACUCCAGUUGAGAUGACCCAUCUCGAGAAGGAGAGUGAGGAGUCCUUUGGACCGGUGCCACUACAGGACGCGGCGAGGACCACCCCCACUCCCGAAACCCCAGGCGCGGAUAGAGGGAGACAGACAGGCGAAAUGUUUGACAAUGAGGUGGAUUGGGAGAACCUUGAUAAGACAGAAGAACAAGAACCGCGUGGGGAGGGAUCCGAUGAAUCCACGGCCCUGCUCCUCGCUCGACUCGAACAAGAAAACAAUGCUUUGGCGACCAACCCCAAAUCUGGGAUACACGAGGUUCCCGAUGGCAAGAUACAUCAGCGGCAAUCCCGCUCUGAGUCACUACACCAUAUCAAGCGACUCAUUAGGGAUCCCGCUCGGGCAGAGCUGCGAUACUCGCAGUUACCCCCUCCUCCAAUGACUGAAUUAGAGUUUUGGGCCGCUCUUGUCGCCGAUUACCACCAGACUGCCCAGCGUUUGCCAACAUUGACUUCGAAUAAGAUUCAAAGAGGUGUGCCUCCGCCAUUGCGAGGGGUGGUGUGGCCUAGCCUAGCGGGCGCACGCGAUCCUAAUCUGUUGAAUGAAUUCCAGAGACUUUCGGGCGAAACCAGUCCGUACGAUGGGCUGAUUGGAAAAGAUAUUGGCCGUAGCUUUCCCAAUGUUGAGAUGUUCCGCGACCCGAACGGCGAGGGUCAACAAAUGCUCGGGCGAGUGUUGCGAUGCUUCAGUCUUUAUGAUACCAAGAUUGGCUACUGUCAAGGUCUUGGAUUUGUGGUAGGCCCUCUGCUCAUGCACAUGACAGAUGCUGAGGCCUUUUGUGUUCUUGUCCGCCUCAUGGACCACUAUAACCUCCGAACUUGCUAUCUUCCAGACCUUUCGGGUCUUCACCUUCAUGUUUAUCAGUUUCAAAAUCUGCUAGCACGGCACAGGCCGGUCCUGUUCCAACAUCUCGAAGCACUGCACGUUGAGCCGGUCUACGUAUCGCAGUGGUUCCUCUCAUUCUUUGCGGUGGCCUGUCCGCUGCCGAUGCUUCUUCGAAUUUAUGAUGUCAUUUUUUUGGAAGGCGCAUGCGAGACAUUGAUGCGAGUUGCACUUUCCCUGAUGCAGCGCAACGAGAAGAGAAUUUUGGCUUGCAGUGAAUUUGAGGACGUGAUGCAACUGUUAUUGUCUCGAAGCUUGUGGGACACAUACGCCUUCAAUGCUGAUGAUCUCGUUAAUGAUUUCGUGUCUCUGACAUCUCUCGUGACAAAUGAGAGUCUCCAAGCCCUUGAAGCCAGCUACAAUCAAUCUAAAGGCUCACCGUCCGGGCCCUCCUUUCCGCAGAUGCAAGCAACGGCCUCUGGUUUCCUUGGGCGGCUAUGGGCUGGCUCAUCCAACUCUCACAAUUCGGUCAAGUCACUCAAUCCGAAUUCUGGCCCGUCACGUCAGAACAGUACCAUUCGUCGCUCUACCUCUAAGCAGAGCCUGACGUCCACUCUCAGCUCUAUUGAAACCGCGUCCGACGCAAGUACUGUUGCCACCGAAUUAUCAGCGGCUGGGGCUAGCGUCGAUAAUCAAAAAUCGCGCGUGAAGUCCAACAUGUCUUCACAUCACAAAGACCGCGAUCUUCACACUCAGAUUGAAGAACUCUUGUUGGCCCUCAGCGAUCUUCAGCGUCAACAAGCUAACCUCACACGUGAACUGCAACAGGAGAGAGAGGAACGGGAGGAAGACCAUGCCCUGGCCAAGGAGAUGCUCAACCAAAUCAGAGAACAACCGACUGAGUCACAACCGGCCGAAUUAGUAGCCAAAGCCCAAGCACGUUUUGAAUCGGUUAAACCGAAGCGUAUUUCAAUCACCCAGACCAAGCUCCAGCUCAAUGACGACGUUACUCGAUGGAAGGAAAUGCACGAGGUGGAAGCCGGUCGUUGCUUGAACCUCACACGGCGCAUCGACGAUUUUGAACAGGAGAACUCAUCCCUCAAAGAGCAAUUACGGGAAGCCCGAGGCCGGAUUCAAGACGGUUAUCGGGAGCGACAGCGGCUCGAGCGCAUGAACCGGGAACUGCGCACCCUCAAAACUCCUAUAUCUGACACGCCGCUAGACACAUCCACCUCCAUGAUCGACUCUGGGGAGGGUCAAUCGCCCACUAGUGGUCUGCGCGAGUUCAAGCUAGCCCGCACCAACUCCACAAAAAGUCCCACAUAUAACAGACGGACAAGCAGUCUGGGCCUCCAGAGCGUUUUGUCAGCGGAGAGUAACAAACCUGCUGCCGAAGAGGCAUUGCUCAUGGAGUUGGUUACUGCUAAGACGGCAGAGGCGGUUGCUAGGCAAGAGCUUGAAGAAGUAAAGGGCAAGUUGGAUUCAUUCCGGAAAAUGAUCAAGUCCUCCCAGGCGGCCAAUCCCGAAAACCGCCAUUCCUUUGUUGGAUUAUCUCAGUCGCGAAUCAGCUUGGCGAAUAAAUCUCCCAUCGAAACCUCGAAGACACUUGGGACACCACCCAACAACACAGGUGGUGGAGGAUUCUUCAGUGGAUGGGGUCGACGAACUGCGACUGACUAUCCUACAGAACAAUCCGUUGACUCGUUCCCGAGCGAUUACGCCGGUCAACCUCGAAUUUCAUCUCAAGUCAUCAAUGACCCCUAUCCACAUUAUGAUAGUGCGGAAUGGAUAUCAACGUCAAAGGGACCGUACCAGCCAUGCAUUGGACCUCAAGGGCGACUCCUGAGCCGCAAAGAUGAAGAUAUGAUGAUGAGCGGGUACCGCUGGAAUACUUCAGAUUUCCCAACACCAAUUUUUGGAUCUUAUGAGUCGUGGGAUUUGAAUAACAGUCUCUGUGCCGAUCGCUAUUCCCGAUAUGGUGCAUAUGGUUACCUUCAGGGCAACGAAACCACUCGACUUCAUAAUUGGAAUGGUACAUUCGGCUCCAAUGAGGCUUCCGAAAUAGACUGGGAACAGGUGGACUGGGCAUGUUUGCAACAUGACUGUCUGCAGCGAAAUAGCGUUCGAUAUCGCACGCAACCGUCCGAAAGGAAGAUAUCCGCUCUGUACAAGUCACUGGAUUCAGAUGUAAAGCCUUACGACCCCUUGAACAACACAGAUAAGGCCCAGCCCCGGACAGCUGUUAUACUGCGCUCUUGGAUCGGCAUGAAAUACACCGAGAACGACUUGUAUCACAUUCGAUCUAUGAUGAUGGAAUUAUCACUCUACUCGGGUGCGGAAUAUGAGCUUAUUCUCCUGAUUGACUGCCAGGACGAGAAAUUGCCCAAAGAGACUGACCAUGCCGCUUGGAAGGCGUUCAACGAAAAACAUUUGCCACAGGAGCUGCGCAACCUGGCGGUAUGGUUUAAUGCGGAUAUGUUAAGCGAUUGGUAUCCUGGGAUUGAUGUUCAUGUAGCGAUAUUACAAUAUUUCCAGCCGACGCAGAUUUUCUCACGACUACAUCCUCAGUACGACUACGUCUGGCAGUUUGAGAUGGACUCGCGGUAUACCGGCCAUAUGUACGACCUUUUGCACAAGGCAACAGAGUUCGCAAAACAACAGCCACGCAAGUAUCUCUGGGAGCUGUUUGGGGCCCUCGCCCCGCGGAGGGCAUCGAUAUCGGAGGGCAAGCCAUUACGCCCCCCCGUGCCACACCCAGAAGAUGAGCCAGGGAGCUGGGGUGUGGGUGAAGAAGCUGAUCUGAUCACCUGGCUGCCCCAUUUCAACCCAGUUGGUACGGACUGGCCUUUCCGUGAUCGUGUCUUCAACUUCCCUCAAGAUCAAGAGACUCCACGCUGGGCAGCUGUCGUGGCAAUGUCUCGCAUCUCAGCGCGACUUCUCAGUUUGUUGCAUAAGGAUAAGGUAAAAUCAGGGGUCGGUCUCGCAUCCGAGAUGUCCCCUUUAUCCUGGGCUCUGUACUAUGGUUUGAAGGCAGUCCAGAUUCCUCAACCGGUGUAUCAUGAUGCCAAAUGGGACCCUGAGGAAUUGAACCGCCGUGCCAAUCCGGGUGAGCCUGGCAAGGUCAACGCUGGGUUCAACAGCAUCUGGAGCUGGGGUCAACAUGAUGAUAUCAUAUACAACACAACCUUUAUGUUCAACUCUCAAUUUUCAGAGAAGCUGUACAGAGCCUGGUUGGGCUAUGAUGGCGCCAAAGAGCGGGAGAAGGAAAACUCUCGACUCUGUCUUCCUCCCAUCUUUCUACAUCCAGUCAAGAACCUCGAGUCCGUGAAGACAAAGGGCUUUUGA